CAGCGCCCCCAGUUCCCCAGCCGGGCAAGCCUGGAUCCCGGCCCGCCGACGCGUGGUCACGGUCCAAGACUGCCUGCAAGCUGCCCCGCCAGCCUUCAGCCCCCAACUCAGCCCAAGCCCCAGCCUCAGCUCCAGCCGCUUGUCCGGGAGGCAGCCGAGCAGAGCCACCAGCUCCCACUCCGGCAGCAUGUCCACGACGGAGACCUCCGGCCGGUCUGGAGACAAGGACCCCCGGCAGCAGGUGGACCGUCUCCUUUCCGGGCUUCGAUGGAGGCGCCUGGAGGAGCCCCUGGGCUUCAUCAAAGUUCUCCAGUGGCUCUUUGCUAUUUUCGCCUUUGGGUGCUGUGGCUCCUACAGUGGGGAGACAGGGGCCACAGUACGAUGCAACAAUGAAGCCAAGGAUGUGAGCUCCAUCAUUGUUUUGUUCGGCUAUCCCUUCAGGUUGAACCGGGUCCAGUACGAGAUGCCCCUCUGUGAUGAUGAAUCGGCCUCCAAGACCCUGAACCUCAUGGGAGACUUUUCAGCCCCUGCUGAGUUCUUCGUGACCCUGGGCAUCUUCUCCUUCUUCUAUACCAUGGCUGCUUUGGUUCUUUACCUGCGCUUUCACAACCUGUACACUGAGAACAAGCGUUUUCCUCUGGUGGACUUCUGUGUGACUGUCUCCUUCACCUUCUUCUGGCUGGUGGCAGCGGCGGCAUGGGGCAAGGGCCUGACCGACGUGAAGGGGGCCACUCGGCCUUCCAGUCUGAUUGCCGCCAUGUCCGUGUGCCACGGGGAAGAGGCUGUGUGCAGCCCGGGGGCCACCCCCUCCAUGGGGCUCGCCAACAUCUCUGUGCUCUUCGGCUUCUUCAACUUCUUCCUGUGGGCCGGGAACUGUUGGUUUGUGUUCAAGGAGACCCCGUGGUAUGGGCAGGGCCAGGACCAGGACCAGGGGGCCAGCAAGGAGAGUGCAGCUGAGCAGGGUGCUGUGGAGAAGCAGUAGCUAGUCCUCGUGUCCACUCCUGCCACCUCCCGACGACAGCACUUCCUCCCCUGCUUCUUCAGCUUCCUUCCAGGACUUUUCCCCCUUCCUGUGCCUCCUCUCCUCACUGAUUCCUUCUGGGCUGGGUGCUUGGGGACAAAGGGACAGUCCAGGGCUGACCCUCCCUCUGAGCCUCCCAUCUCUCCUCUGUUCCCAGGCAGGGGCCCAGGCUGGGCAGGACCUCAGCGCUGUGGUUCCUGCCUCGUCCAUGGGGUCUUGCUCAUCUCCUAGCUGAGUCUGAGAGUCUAUCCUGCUGAACAGAGGCAGGUGGGAGGCAGCAGCAUUGAGGUCAGCUCCCUUUAGCAUCCUCUAGGGAUGGCUGGGCCCAGCUCCACUAAUAAAGGGGAGGGGAGAGAAAAAGGUACUGGAGAGGCUCUGGAUGGUGGGAAGGGCCCAGCAGUGAUUUGUCUGCCUUUUACCGGCUGUUGUGGGUCAGACUCUGUGUAUC